CAAACUCUCGAGCACCCUUCAAGUCUCUACCCUUAAUAAAAGAGACUAAAAACGCGUGUUUAUCGAUAGACUCUCCAAAAUCAUAACUAUAUGGCUUUGAGACAUUGGCUGAUACCUAGGGUAUUCAUCUUAUGGGGUCUCUCGAGCUUCCAAAUCCACGAACUGAAAGAUUUGAAGUUGCCUUUACACAAAAUAUUUCAGAUCUGUUGCCUCAUCUCCAGAAACUCGAUAGUCGAAAUCUUCAAGAAUUAUCUAAUAGGAUUGAUAUAUGCCUACAAUUUCGGGAAGUUCAAACAGGACGAAAUACAUGCCUGGAGGAAUUCAGGAGUACAGAUUGAAUGUCAAAGUCAUUAAAUCCCGCCUUCGGGGUCAUCUUGACAGCCCCAUCACUCAUCAUUUGCAUCAGCCAUCGUUUACAACAAAUGCCCCAGGAGACAAACAUUCCACAGCAGAUACAAGCAAUGGCUGUAUAGCGAUGGUUAUGGGCAAUAGGUUUCAAGAACGAAACACUCUUCUUUUUGAUCAUUUACAUCGACAAUCAGCUAGAUCAAAUGGCCCCAAACCAUUCCCAGAACCUAUUAAAAUAAUUCACGAAGAGUUGACACACCUCAUGAUGGCAUCUUCUGCUGCUAAAUUUGAAACAGUCUACGGUCUCCACGUACAGAAGCGGAUCUUGCAACUAUUGAAGUGUAGCCUUCUACCUCUUUGGGGGCGUUGCAAAGGCGUAUUCCUUGCCUUAGACCAUGAGGGCAAGUUUCAUAAUGAAGAAAAUCGCUUUCGUUCAGGAGCGUGAUACUUUUCGCAACACACCUCCAACAUCUUUUCUAUGGACCGAAGGGAAGUAGAAUAUCAAUUCAGCAGGAGUUAGUAUUUGAGGUUGCUAAUCAUCUCGAGGCGCUGGAGGUUGCGUUUGACUGCGAAUAUUACCAAAGGCAACAUUGGAGGUCCCAUGUACCAUCUGUUUACGACCUAGGACGAAUGAGACCCGAGAAACUCAAGAG